AAACGCGCCCGAAACUUACCGAAGAUCGAGCUUGUCGAAGAAAAAUUAAAAUGGUGGCAGAAGGUUUGUUAGACAAUGAUGGGAUAUUCCACCGUGUGUGAACCCGUAUGCGAAAAGAAUCUUACCAGAUUUUGUAGAUAACGUGAUUAGUUACUUUAGGAAUUUGAGUAAUAAUGGAUGGUGCAGAAUCUGUUCGUUCAGGAAGAAGUGAUAGGUCAGAAAGGUCAAGGCGUAGUCAUGGUAGCCACCACCAUCGUCAUCACCACGGUAGCCGCAGCCGUGGCCCCAGCUCGGACCAUGGCGGUCAUCAUCGUCCAGGGGAACGCAGCAUGGAUGAGCGCUCUGUGACAAUCAAAACUCCGGGCAAUAUGUCAGACACAGAGGAUAGAAUGAUGGGAGAGGAGAGAAUUGAGGUGCAGGUCAUUCCUCAAGAUGAUAAUUGGGGGGACAACACAACUGCUAUAACAGGUAAUACAAGUGAGACAGGAUUUUCUAUGGAGGACAUGAGAGGAAAGUUUGGCAAGGAGAGCUUUGAGGAGACCAUUGGGAUUGGAUGUGCUCGAUAUGUAGGCACCACUCUGGCCAGUAUCUUGUCUGUGAUAGCUUUUCUCUCACCUAUAGCCAUGGUGAUUUUACCUAAACUUGGCAUAAAUGGCUGGGAUGCCGGUCCAUGUAAACCAGAUUGUGAAGGACUUCUCAUUAGCUUUGCCUUUAAACUUUUGAUUCUAGCUAUGGGAACAUUUGCCUUGUUUUUCAGGCAACCUAAAGCUACAAUGCCUCGAGUGUUUCUUUUCCGAGCCGUAGUACUAUUCCUGGUUUUUGUACUGACUUUUGCCUUUUGGCUUUUUUAUGGUGUAAGAAUCAUUAAAGAACAAACUUCACCAAAGACUCAAAGUUCCCAGACACCUACAGAUUCCUCUGACCUCGCAAAGGUACUGGGGAUUGAGUACAAGGAGAUUGUCCAGUUUUCUGUGUCUUUUGUUGAUGCACUCUUAUUCAUCCAUUAUAUUGCCGUCAUUUUGCUGGAAAUUCGUCAGUUGCAGCCCAUGUUUGUCAUCAAAGUGGUUCGCUCCCCAGACGGGGAAUCAAAGUGUUAUAAUAUUGGUGCACUGAGUAUUCAGAGGGCGGCAUCCUUUAUACUGGAGCAGUACUACAGGGACUUUCCAGUCUAUAACCCAUACUUAGAAAAUGCUUACAAGAAGCCAAUGAAAAUGUCAGGAAUCAAAUUCUAUGAUAUUGAUGGAAAUAAUUCACAGAAUGUGCAGAGUCGAUCCAGAGCCAUAUUCGCUGCUGCAGCUCGACGGAGAGAUGCAAGUCACAAUGACAGAUUUCAUGAAGAAGAGGAGUAUAAUAGGCGCGUAAGGAAAAGAAGAGCUCGUCUGAUCGUAGCUGCAGAGGAGGCGUUUACCCACAUAAAGCGAAUGCAGGAAGAAGCAGGGGGAGCAGCCAUUCCUAUGGACCCUAAUGAAGCUGCCCAAGCAGUGUUUCCUUCAAUGGCCCGGGCUCUCCAAAAGUAUCUCCGUGUCACACGCCAACAGCCAAGAUACACCAUGGAAUCUGUGCUGAACCACUUAGCAAGUUGUAUCAGUCAUGACAUGACACCAAAAUCUUUUGUGGAGCGUUAUCUAAAUCAGGGGGUUGUCAUCAUGAAUGACAAAGAGUACAAAGAAGUGGAGAAAUGGAUUCUCAUCUCAGAUCAGCUGCUGACUCGAGAACUAGAACACAAUUCUGUGUUUCAGUUGCGUCAGAAUGACAUUUCAUUAUUGUGUACCGCUAAAAGACUGCCCCAUUUCAAUCUUACAGAAGAAGUCAUAAAUCCAAAGACCAACAAGUUUGUGUUGCGGCUGAACUCGGAAACCUCUGUAUAACCGAGAGAAGGCAUAUUGUUUUCGAGUGUCAUUGUAUCAUACUAUUCACUUUUGUUCCAUUCUGUUUCCUAUAUCCCUGUGAAAAUGAUUGUGUGCAAAAUAUGCUCUGUGAAUAAUGUUGUAUUGUAGAGAAGGAAUGAUUGUUUGAAAGAGAAACAGGGGCCAAAUGAUCAUUCAUGAAUUUUCUGUGUGUUUAACAAGUUGAAAACAGAUGCAAAUGUGGCUAGAUAAUUCAUUUCUUAUGGUUCAUUUUACAUAUAUACAUGUUGUACAUGGUAUUGAAAUUUAAGAAUGUAAAAGAGGAAUCGUACAUGUCUAUUGUUGUUAUGAACACAUCAAUGUUCAGUAUUGCCCAAUUGACCACCAGUUUAUUUUUUUUCCCUUAUUCUAUGCUAGCAUUUUGAUGGCAGUUUUUCAUUUUGAACUGGUUUCUCCAAGAGAGAUCUUUUGCAUGAAUGUUUGUAUGCUGUGUUCAUCAAAAAAGUCCUCAUCAUUCGGUAAUAAAUGUGGCCCCACACAAUGUUUUAUAGUUCCUCAGAGGUGCCAUACCUAAACAUUGUACUUAAAUCUCCUUAAUAAUCAAGAGUUUGUGAUGUUUUUUCUUUGUCACUUUUUACAUAAGUUUGCAUGUAGCAGGUAAAGUAGACCAAAUAAAUCUCUCUUUUUAAAACUUUUGGUACUUGUAAAAAUGGUCCACUUAGUAAUAUACUCAGAAUAAAGCUUGGUUGUUUCUCAUCAUUUGCAAGAAUCCUUUGAAUUACAUACAGAAUUUUUACAUUCCUUUUCACAGCUAUCUUAAAGUUGCACAAUAUUUUUAAUCUUAAACAUGUUUGUAUCGGAAUCAAAAGCUUUACAAAAUCUAUUUCUUCAAGUGUUUUGUAUAAUUUUUCUAAAUGUGCAAUACAAGAUUUUCUUUUAUAUCCACGUAAGCAUUUUCUUGUAUCAAAAUGUAUUGAUAAACUUUUACUUUAUUUUUUUUUCUGAAAGGGAAUAAACUCUCAUGAAAUGAAAUUAUAUCUGUAUUUUUAUGAACUUUAAUAGUAAUGUUUAGUUUUUGUAGAAAAUGUACAUUUAAUUAGUUCUGAGCUUGUAAAUAUAUUUUUUUUCAUGAUGGUGCAUAAUUCUUUUUUUGAACCCGAUCUCUUAGGAUCUAUUACACUUUUAUAUUCCAUACCUCUCUUUUGUGUACAUGUAUUAUUUAUUUCUUUCUUUCAUGAGAAACAAUGAUUGUGUAAAAUUGCCCGUGGUAAUUACUAUAGCUUAUUCAACAGAAAAACACAGAACUAGCUUUUGCAGCAGAAGAUGGAGGCACACAUUUUAUAAACAUAUUUUUAAUGUUUUUAUUGUAUUUUAUGCAUUAGAAUGUUCUUCCACUUAUGAAAAUAAUAUCUCUUUUUUGGGAUGAAAGUAUAUUAUUUCUUUUUUUUCCUAGUUUUCUCAGGUCUGAUAUGUUUUUCAAUAACGGAUACAUAAAAUGGAAGAAAAUUUAGUUUCUAAAAGGAAGAUACCUUUAGCUGAGGCUAAAUGUUUAAGUCAGUUUUUCUCUUUAAAGUUCACAGAUCUGAAAUUUUAAUAAAAUUGCUAUAUGUUGUGACAAUAGUUAGUUAAGUCAAAUUGUACAAAAAUAAUAGUUUGUAAUAAAACCUUAAGUUGACAAAA